AUGAUAUUCAACGGUAUUUCUUUCUUUCUUUUACUUUCGUUCAUUCUUUCUUUCUUUCUCUCUUUCUUUCUUUCUUUCUUUCUUUCAUUCAGUCGUUUUUUCUUUUUUUCGUUCAUUCAUUCGUUCUUUUUUCUUUCUCUUUCUUUCGAUCAUUUUCUUUCCAUUUUUCUUUCUUUCGAUCAUUUUCUUUCCUUCUUUCUUUCGUUCUUUCUUUCGUUCUUUCUUUCGUUCUUUCUUUCUUUCUUUCUUUCUUUGGCUAUCUUUGCUUCUUUCCUUUCUCUUUAUUUUUAUUUACACGCAACGUAUUCUUUCUUUCUUUUAUUCAGUGAUUCUUUCUUUCUUUCGUUCAUUCGGUCGUUCUUUUUUUUCUUUCUCUUUCUUUCUAUCAAUUUCUUUCCUUUUUCCUUUCUUUCUUUCUUUCGAUCAUUUUCAUUUGUUUAUCCUUUCUUUCGAUCAUUUUCUUUCCUUAUUUUUCUUUCUUUAUUUCUUUCUUUCUUUGUUUUCGAUGUAUCUAUUUAUUUAUUUCCUACUUUCUUUUAG